AUGCAUCCCUACGCUACAAACUAUCCUAUUCCAACAGCUUCGCUCUAUCAUACAUCGUUCGUUCAUCCGCUUAUGCCUUCGGUUAAUGCAAGUGUUAUGCCACCGUUUCCCUUCUUUCAUGGAUCACCUGAUCGCUUUACUGAAUUUCUUUUGGAUUCUCGUCAUCCGCGGAAACAACGUCGAUCACGUACUGCUUUUACCAGUCAGCAACUACAUGCAUUAGAGCGAUGUUUUGUUAAAACUCACUAUCCUGACGUUGUCAUGAGAGAGAAACUAGCGCUCUAUACAAAUUUACCUGAAGCUCGUGUUCAAGUUUGGUUUAAAAAUCGUCGAGCUAAGUAUCGGAAAAAGCAAAAGAUACUGGUUGAUGCUUCGAAAAAACGAUCAACAAACGUAGCUGAUGUUCAAACAAGUGACGAUGACGACGACGAAGACGAUGGUGAUGAUACUGAUUCGAACUCGAAAGACAAUUCAAUGACAGUUACUUCGAAAAUUUUGAAAUUUUACUUAGACGAAGAAGCAAAAGCAAUACCAGCGUCAUCUAGUUUACUGUGCCAUCAAUUAUCACCAUUGAUUCGAAUGUCAUCAUUUGCACUACAUACGGAACAACACUUUAAAACAGAUUCAACUAUGUACAAUUUGUCUAUUAAUGAUCAACUAACAAAAUGGCGUCCAAAUACAUUGAAAUAUCAUAUUGAAAAUUUAUUACAGUAA